AUGACUAUGACCAUAUCCAAGCCCUCGCACCUUGUUGAUGCCGCCACGCAGACAGACUCGCACUCUUUUGUAACUACUCACCUCCUCGUGGAUGCGGCGGUGUCGACAGAGGGCCCAGGAGUUAGUGAGGUUACUGCCAGUCUACAAGUUCACGACUGUGGAUGGAAGGCCCUUGAUGGUAUUCCUUGCAUUAUGGGUGGCAUAACGGCGCUUGCUGCUUCUGUUGGCGGCACGCUGCAUGGCCGUUCCCCAAAAGACUUCCCCUGGAAAACCUUGCCCAAUGAACUAGCUCGGCUCGGAUGUUGCCUCGUGAACUACCCUGAAGAGACUUUGAUGCCCGGCGAGAUUCGACCCACGCUCAGGCGGACCAAAGGCAUACAUGAUUUGACCAUCCGUCAUCGUGCUAACCUUGUCAACGCUCUCAAGACAGGCACCCUCACUAUCCGAGCCAUCACGAGCGAUGCUGCCCGCUCACGCCUCUUGACUUCCAGGGACCCAAUUAUCAUUGGAGAGGCACCAUCACAUCGCUCAAGCCACCCUCGUGGGCGACGUGCAUUCGCAGAUGGCAACAUUGACCGAAAAGGGCCUCGUCGUCUCCCCUCACCUCCUGCUACACCAACUACUCGCCCUGCUACACCAUCUACUCGUCCUGCAACACCUCCUGCAACACCUCCUGCACCACUUCCUGCACCUCCUCAUCCUACAACUUCUGCUAUUCGUCGACAUGUCCAAGUUUUUGUAGAAAUAUCACGUCCGCCACCCCGGCCAGCUGUCGUAGCAAUGUCACGCCCGCCACCCCGGCCAGCUUCUAGAGCUGUGCACAAAUCAUUUCUGCCACCACACCCUACUCACACCGAGGAUCUCAUCCCACCGAUAACUUCUGUCACGCGGUCUUCGUCCACUUCUGAAUAUGAUGAUCAAAGUAUGACUAUAGACGACGAGUUGUCUGAAAGCGAUUAUCGGCCUUCUAAACGUCUCAGAGGUUGA